AUGAAGCUUUUCACCAUCACUCUGCUGGCUACUCAGCUUUCGGCCACCCUCGCCGCACCCGCUGCCAUCCAACAUGACAGGCGCGCCCUUGUCAGACCUCGGUCUCCCCACGCUCGCUUCUCUCUAGUCGCCACGGUGACUUCAACCAUUGUUCCCAGCCAGACCAGCGCAGCGGCUGGAGAAGGUGGAGAAGGGGGCGAGGAGGGGGCUGAGGAUGAGGUCGAACAAGCAGGAGAGUUCGAUGUCCCCAUUGUCCUUCCUGGCGGAAGCAAGGUCGACACUCUGUAUCCUCCAGGCCAAAACGGCGUCUUUGAGAUCGAGUUCCAGAACGCCGAGGACCGCACCCUCACCGUGACCCAGAAUCCGUCGCCCGCGGCUCCUCCAGCAGGCUUCCGCGCCGUCGAGCCAGUCUCUUUUAUUGUCAAUCUCGCCGAGGGCGCCGAGGGCUUGACGCUUCAGAAAGUCGAUUACAUCUUGAACGCCAAUAGCACCCUCGACAUCAGCACCGGAGCUAUCGGGCGCUUCUGUACCGAAGCCGGCGCCUUCGUUAUCGACCCGGCCGUUGGCGAGUUGGAGUUCGAGGCCGAAGAGAACGAGCUGCUUAUCAAGGUUAACAAUAUGAAUGGCGAAUGGGGUAUUUUUAUUCCCGACGCUGCGGCGACUCCUGGUGCCGGUGGUGAGGCUGCUCCUGGCGAGGAGGCUACUCCUGGUGGUGAUGCGAAACCAGACACAAAGCAGCAGUUGAUCAACCUGCUCCUCAGCUUGCUUGAGUAA